AUGGGAGCUGCUCCUCGUGUUUCUGUCUUCCUGCCUGAGGGACGCCCGACUGCCAAUUUGGCCUUCCGUUUUGCGUAUUUUCAUGUUAGUUUUAGCGGCUGAUAACAUCAGUGCGUCAGCUUACUCUAGCUAGCCUGCUUGUCCUCGUAGAGGACUGCUAUUUUCAACACCAUCCUCCAUGAGGAGACGACGUCAACCAGUUUGCUUUAUUCUCUCCCUACCCACCAUCUCGAUUCUUCUCCUUCUAAUUUAACAUCUCUUGAGAAUUGACGUCACGUUAGUUAUUGGAGCUUUUAAUUUUGGGGAUGAACUGAUAAAGGUGACUGAAUGUGCGUUCUGAUGGGCCUUGGAACCGACUAGUGGUAUUUAUUCUUCUUCAGCCACUUUAAGAACAGUAGAUUAAUACACACAGAACUGCCGUCCAACUGAAAUGCUAACUGAAUGCCAAAAGACUGAAGCUGUUACCGUUGAUUAAGUUUAAACGCACCUUUUCGUCUGCGUGUCCUUUCUGUUUAGCUGUCGCCCCAGACUCCAAACAACGCAUUUUCGCAAUUUAAAUAUGGAACUGUGAAACCUCCCCUCUUGGUUCUUAAUAUUUCGGAGGCAGCACGUGUCGGCCAUCACAGCCUCCAUCUUCCCCUUGCAAAAGACCUGGAUGCCCCACCCUUCAACGUUCAGCGCUACGAGCCCGACAAGGCCACAUUUCCAGGCAAAACCUUCGAACUGAGAACGCCAAAGCGCGAAUUGCAGCCUUCCGGUGGACUGGGUGUCGGUGGUGACAUUUCUAGCCAAGACAGCCUCAAAAUUACCGGGCUGGAUCUGCUGUUGAUCGGCCCUCUUGAUCGGGAGACUGAGCCCAGUUAUGAAUUUCAGAUCUUUGCGGUAGACGGUGGUCUGAACAAUCCCCUCACCGGCACUCUUUCGGUGCGGAUCCACGUGACCGACGCGAACGACAAUGCGCCUACGUUUGAACGCAGCACCUACGAGAAAAGCGUGAAGGAGGGUGAGACGGGCAUCGAGAUCCUUCAAGUUCAUGCAGUCGACCGCGACGAAGGUGCCAACGCUCGAAUAAGGUACAGGUGGCUGCCCGAAUAUGAUCGAUUCGGGGUGGACAUAGAUCUUUUGGAAAGGGAGGAGUUGACUGAUUUGGAACUAAGGCGCCUGGGCCAGCAGAUGACACCUGACCGUUUGAUUCAACUUCGGGAGCUGCCUAACUACUGGUUUCGUUUGGAUCCUCUGACGGGCAGCAUCUUUGUACACCGACCCCUCGACUAUGAGGCAAAACCUGGAUUUGUUUACCAUAUCAUGGCUGUUAAUCCCAGUCCGCCAACCAGGGAUGGAUUUGAUCAGAAUACAGAUAUGUCCAAGCCCUCGAAGAACUCUCCAUCCACCACGAAAGUUAUCAUACACGUGAGUUCAUACUUGUAUUCUGCGUAGCCUAUUGUCGGACAGCCAGCCAGAUAAAGCGAGACACCGGUCUACCUCGUCGUCUUUACUGCAUUUAAAGCGACUAUGCAGCUAUUUUGGCCUUCAACUUGUUAACUUUUGUACUGACUUCGCAAAGUUUAAUUUGUGCCGAUUUCGUCGGAAGCAAAAUACACGUUCGAGGCCUAACAUGUUAGCCCUUUAUGUACCAACAGGUUGCCUAGUUAGGAAGGAUCUUUGUGCGUAUUGGGAUACUUUAUCCAGCUUCGCAUAGGGGGUCGUUUCACCGAGCUGAUCUAGAAAGUGGGCAGCCCAGUGUGCAGAGUUAUCCGUUCUCAGCCCUGAAAUACUCAGAGUGAGGGCCCUUGUCGUUUUGUGGAGGCCUGCGGGCGGACCAUGCGUGUGUGUGUGGCAGGCGUAGACUGGCCACUUAGCUUUGUCAGCCAGUUCGCCCCACCCCUUCCCGUCCUCCUGAUUCUGCCGUGACCCCGGACCCAGAUGGAUGGGGGAAGGGAGAGUGCGGUAGAUGCUGCGCUAGUCACCGUGCCCGCAUCCUCCAUGCUGCAGGGCAUAGAGCGGAUAUCGUCGUUCGCGACAGUCGGGCUGUCGGUUUGUGCAUCCAACCUCUGAAUCAGAUCUUCCCAGGCAUCCAGUCCAGGUGGAAGAAUAAAAAUUGUUAGUUGAUCUUUUUGACGUGUUGCGGUUUGGCGAAAGCAGUAUGCAACUCAAAAUAGCAGUUUACUGAAAAGCAACUUAUACAUCUCGUAUUCAAAAUUUUCGUAGAAAUAGUACCACUUCACAUAAAUAUAACUUUCUUAAGAACGUCCCAUCGCUGUGCUGGGCAUUGUAACAAGAUAGGCGACAAAAAGACAGGUUCUGUUUAUGUGGAAGAUUUCCGCAGUUAAUCGAUAUCCUCGUGGUUUUGCGAAAAAAUGCGAGCGAAUAGACUGGAGGAAAAAAUCCGAUGUGAGAACCUGAACCGAGGCGCUGGUGCGUUCACAUGUUAGAUUGGGGUCACCCUCAGACCAGAGAGUUGCAAUUCGUCAGCGGCGCAUGCAUCCUAAAGCUGCCGAAUAGAACACAACCAGUUAUGUUAGUGGAAUGGAUAGGCACGUCCACACGAGAAUGUACCAAAUCGAACUGCAUAUGAGUCGGAGGGAAAAACUUACCCGUCGGCUGCUCACUCAUUCUCGUCACGCAAAACACCGUUUUCGGCCUCGUAAGAAUCUUGGGCCAAUUAAGUAGCCAGAUUUCGCGCCUUCUCAGGAAGUGUGACGUUCAGACGAUGACCCCAUUAAUAGGCAUACCGAUCGGCCAUCUGCUUAUGUGGCUCGGCGUGAAAAUAUCAGUGAUACAGCUUAAGGUAAUUAUCGGCAGAGGUGAGCUAAAUAUACAAUGAGCUGAGCGUCUCCUUCAUCCCUUUCGGUGAAAUGCGACAGUAUUGUGGGAUUAGUAAUCUGUAAUUGGGAACCACGGCAGACGAGAAUUAUGCCAGAAGUUGCAUUUCCGCCUUUCUCUCUCUCUCUCUCUCUCAUCUUUGUUACGUAUCGAUUGCUUGUCUGUCCUCGAAGUAAUCACUGCCAUCUUAACAGACGCUGCACUUUGCCUCGCAGGCGUGAACCGCGUCGCCAGGACGUCUACUACUCGAAGUGUCGUGGACGAACUUCGAAGGGUGAUCCUCUCGCGCAACUCUUCUUGCCUUGUGGCAUGCAAUCCCUAUGGGCACAGAACCGUACCUCUAUGCUGCUUAAGUCUCGAGCACCAGCUCCCGUUGUCUGAUUUCGCGAUGCCUUUACGGUCCUCGGGUUUUCGCACUUUUACUUUGGUCACAAAAUUGGAUUGGAAUCACUGUCUUUUGCGGCCUUGUACCUAGGAUUUGCAAAAAUCCAAAUUAAGAUGGCAGACCGAGCGGACACUGAUCCUAGAAAAACAGCUUUAGGCGCAUUCCCUCGAUAAAGUCACCGACGACUGGUAUCCUACCCUCACGCAUUCGGGUGCAAUUCCUUUUCUUUUUAGCGGAAGCUGGUAUUCCGUAAAUUAGGUGCGACUGUACAAGUUGAAAGCGUUUUCACUCAUUUGUCAGCACGUUUAAUUGAAUAUGCUCUAGGCAGAAUAGCACUGCCGACAAAGACAAGGGAGACUGGAAUGGCCAUUUCUGGCUUACUAGCCGUCGUCAGCCAGUCAUACCCAACCCCGAAGUGUAGCACACCCGAGGCUCGAACUCGCGACCUGUUAGUUAGAAGUCCACGCCUCUAACCACUGGGCCACGAGCCCGUUGCCCUGUCGGUUUAUGACAGGGCUAAUAAGCCAGAAAUGGCCAUUCCAGCAUCCCUUGUCUUUGUCGGCAAUGCUAAUUUGCCUAUAUCAUGCGCUGCUGUGCGACUGCUGGUUGGACUUGAGAUAGAGCCAGUAAGGCACAACGGAACGGGUGAGUUCCGUAAGAACGAUCGGUGAGCGUCCCUUACCAUUGAAUAUGCUUUUUCAGAAUUCCUGCCAGAUUGACUCUCGAAUUAGGGAUUAUCCACAACCUCCGGCCUGUAAUUUACUCCAUCAGGGAAACUGCGUUGCGUAAAUUGCCAGAGGAAAGCUGGAAAUCCUUUUCGCACUUAUUAUUUUAUAGAAAUAUCGUUAUUCUUUCCAAUGAAUGGCGUUAUCUUAGAGGAGAGGGAUGAAAAUUACUUUUGCUGAAGGUAGAGUGAGCUUCAGGGAGUUGAACGCCUUUAGCUGAUGUUCCUUCCUUCCACGACUCCCGCGUUCUGGAUGUUAAGUAACGAGACCUAAUCCAGCCACACGGCUACCAAAGUAGACUUGACAUAUGUGUAUCUGCAUAUGAUUGCUUUUGCUUUAAUCAUUCGCCAUAUUUUUUGUUUUUAAGGUUAUAAAUCUUAACGAUGAGAAUCCGCAGAUCACUAUUGACUAUGUUAGCAACGAAGACGUCAAGCACAAGCGGAUUAUGGAAAACGGCGAGAUUGGCUAUUUCAUCGCCCUCAUACGCGUCACCGAUGCGGACGCCGGAUAUCUAAAGGGCCCAGGACAUGUCGAUGACCCCUACCUUAUCGAGUCCUCCAGCUUGUCUUUCGAUCAUACCUUUUUAACACUGUCAGACAUCGCGGGCACAAACGACCCACAAGGCGCUGGACAUGUGUCUUGCCAACUAAUCAGUCACAAGGAGAACUACACCUUAAGUGAGAGGCCAGAUUCACCAGGAAAGGAGUACAUACUGUCUACGAAAACUCCUCUCGACAGGGAGGUGGAUGACCGUCAGUUUAUUGAGAUUGCUUGCUACGAUCAUGGCUCUCCACAGAAGACCUCGACAGCCACAGUAGAGGUAAGCGUAUUUAUACGCCUACUUAAAUAUGUCAAGUAGCCAGUUAGUUAGCAUUAAAUAUGACUUUGAUUGUACCUAUCUAGGUGGAGAUUCUGGACCAGAACGACUGCGACCCGGAAAUCCAGGUCUUUACAAUCCCCACCACUCGCACUGGAAGAACACUUCAGUUGCCCCUACCUCGAAGCCGUCUAGCCCAGAUCCUGAAUGAAUUUCCGAAGUCGCAACCAACCCCAGUCGAUCAUUCAUUAUUUGCCGCGUAUUCUGCCGGCAUCCCCGUCGUGCCCAUCAACAUCUUGGAAAACCAGCUCGCCGGUGUAACUGUAGUUUCGCUACGCGCUGUCGACAAUGACGCUGGUGCCAACGGACAAGUCAGCUUUAAGAUCAUAAAAGAGGAAACUUCCUUUCCACACAUUAGUGCCACAUCACCCCAGGACCACCCCACCGGACGUUACCCGGAAGCCGAACUGGACUUCUCGGCACCACAUGUCCGUAUUGCAAGUGACAUCGAAGCAUCGGACCUAUUUCAGGUGAGUGCGACUAAAGUUUUCCGGUCAGCUACUUUACCAUUUCAAGUUAAAGUACAUUUUGAUUGUAAUCAAUAGAGGAUGCUAUCUAAAUUGGUCUUGCUUUGUCUCUUUCGCCAUCGGGUUUUUACUUGUUCAAGAGGCUUGAAUGAAGGCAUAUCACAUGUGUGAGAUUAUUCAGUCUAUCUUGAAUCCUGUUGGUAAUCUACCGAAUCUGAGAACACUUUUUCUGCGCUAUACGGCUCUGGUAGUUCAGAUGUCAGAGUAUGCCAUCAUUCAAGGAAGUAUUCUUAAUGUAGUUUUUUUUACUCUGUUGCAGCUGGACCCAAACGGAGACAUGAGUGCUCGCAGAAAGAUUGAUCGCGAAGAAUUUGCCGCACUCAGAAACGAGCUCUAUCUUCUCGUCCAAGCUUCCGAUCACGGCCAGCCCUCACGUUCUUCUUACAUUUUUUUAGCUAUUGCCAUAGAGGACGAGAAUGACAAUCCGCCGGUGUUUGUCAUACCUCAAAUGCAGUUUAACGUCUUUGAGAAUGAGCCUGCACCGCAACGUAUUGGCGAGAUUCCCGUCUACGAUGCCGACAUGGGUGCACGGCUCCAACAAGAAGGCUCCUUUCCCGAAAAACAGGAGGAUAAACGUCUGCCACGGGUAACCAAGCCAGCGGAAAAUUAUAUUCGUCUUCUAAUCAACCCUGGUCAUGGGUUACCCGAGUUACCUUUCGCCAUCGAUGCCGCACCCAACGGAAUUUUCUAUCUCAACGUGACUCGCUCUCUGGAUCGUGAGGCGGAAGAGGGUUUCCGCUUUUCCAUCGUCGCGUCUGACUAUGGUAGCUCGCCGCACGUUCGUGCACGCACGACCACUGCGUCCGUCAGUGUUAACGUCCUCGACAGGAACGACCACGCUCCCGAGAUCAUCUUCCCACGUCCAGCUCUACCCAACACGAACGUGCACAAAUUAUCCUUCAAUGAACCGCCGGGCUAUGAGAUACUCAGCGUUAAUGCCAACGACAAGGAUGCCUCGGAGGAGAACAAUCGUUUCACUUUCGAGCUUGGGCCUACAGUUUCUUCCAUUCCUGGCGUGGACCCCGCCUGUCUGGCCAAGACUGCUUUCAAUCGUGAUCUGUUCAAAAUUGACGCCGAGAGGGGCCUACUACAGACAGUGAGGCGAAUGACUGAGGCUGAUAUUGGCGAGCACUGGAUUCAGGUGAUUGUUCACGACACGGGCUUGCCACCACAGGAGACUCGGCACACCAUCAGACUGGCUGUUGAUCGUUCCGCGCCGCACUUUGGCGGUCGUGGACGAUCCGGGAAGGCGGGCGGCGUCGGGAGCUACCUGCAUGAGGAAAUUCCUGAGCCGAUUGGCGGAAGUUCUGUACGUCAUCCCAGCGCGGGGCACCUUGAUCCUUUAGCAGUUGACUACGACGGUUAUUCCUGGCCAACCUCUGUUAAUGGUGUGCGAGGUAACACCGCAUCCGACAUUGUGCUCUUCGUCAUAAUCAGCCUGGUGCUGGCAAUUUUUCUAGUGUUUGCUGGACUCUGCAUUUACCUGCGACAUAAGCAAAAAUUUUGCAAUUUUCUGCCUGACGUGUGCGUUUUAUUCAAACGCCAGACUAGCCACCCUUACAACAGUCCAACCCAUGUCUGCCGAAAACCCAAGGAUCCUACGAGGGAGGGGUGCGAUGUAGCUACAAGUGUUCCAGGUCCGUUGAUAGGCGACACCAGACGUAGCCUGCCAUCGCGUCCAAUAGCCUUCUCUCCUGAUGGUCAACCAAAAACGCUGUUUGAUUUUCCUGAUCGUCAGCAGCAGUCGCAACAGAUCUUGAAGUGUUCGACACAAGCCUUCCCUCAUUCCACCAUGUUUGGACCCCGAUUUCAAACAGAGAUGCCAUUUGGCGUCCCAAGGAUUUUAGACUGCGCUGACUAUUUGGAGAAGCCGGUAGGUAUUUUUGCAUGAUUUUUACCUCAUUAUUUCAUUGUUGAUGAGCUAACGAGCAUAGCCAUCAUCACAAUUGUUAAUAACUUAGAGACGUUAAAAGGAUCACACGUGGUGUCACAAUUUAAAUUCUCAUUAAUAUGUGAGAGCUCCCUAGGUUUUGCUUUUUUGACUAAUUUUUCACUUGUGAGGCAAAAAUGUGAAAUAUGUGCGAACUUUUAAUAUUGUAGUUGUUUGCGUCUGAGUAGUUAAGAAUACAAUUGGCCAUAAUUACUAACAGGGACAAAAGACUGCAGUAAUCAUUUCCCAGCCGGACUUCACGCUAAGAAGAAGCGGAGCUCAAACCUGGGCUCAGUCAUAACACCAAGUCCAACGAUCCCUGAUUAAGGGGGGGGGGAGCGUGAAUAUUCAUAGAUAUGCGGUAGCAUGGCGGCUGCAUCCUAUAAAUACUGCAGCCCCCUGUGCAUGAACCACCCGUAUCUGCUAUUGUCCCUGAUGCUGGGUUCGAGCAGGAAUCCGAAGCGUCGGGUUAAUCAAGCUCUUGUCCCAGCGAUCGUGUCAUUCUUCACAAUUUUCUGUUCUCUUAACUCUGCAGUGUAUCGAUAAUUCGACGGUUCAUUGCGACGACUUCCGCUGUGUGCCCAUGGAGUAGGCGUAACACCAGUGACUUGCGUGUGAAUUACUUUAUAAUGAGGUAGACUUUCGUAGCAUCUACCACACCCUCUUCUCACUCCUAUCCUGUUCCGAUGGCAGGGCAAAACCAAGACGACCGAUGAUGCCCAUGGGCACGGUGGCUCACAAAGCUAAGCAGCCUGUCCGCGCGUAUCAUACACGACCCAGUUCUCACUCCAGACGCACCAGGCCAUGUGUGUGAGAAUGUUAUAAAAACCGUAUCAAGAAGGAGCCACUUUCAGCUUUGAUAAGGGCACAAUUAUCCCGUCAGUUGGCAGCCUUCCAAAACCACGACUGAUAGGGCGUAUUGUUAGGUUCAAGUGCGUUAGAUCGUACUGAGUGCUCUGAUUUGCCUUGAUGAAGGGUUCACCAAUGUCAGCCUCAUUCGCCCUCCCCUCUCCCAUACACCAGUCGACCGUCUGAGCCUGUCAACUAACUCGCUGACUUAGCGCAGCCACACAAACGCGUACCAUGAGCCAAUCUGUCCUCCGUUCCGCCCCAGCGAGACAGCAACGCAGCCCGUUUUGAAGGGCAAAAAUGUACCAGAGUAUAAUGGCGAGGCGUGAUUAGAGAGACUUCCAACUGGCUUUCAUGUCCAAGAAGUGAGUCGUCAAAUUUUGUGUUCUCUGUGGAAGGAUUUACCGUAUCCUAAAGCAUUAUGGUUGGUCAGUUAAAAUGAGGCACGGCAUUACGGCCUUUCCGCACCUGUUUCCCGUUUGACAAAUAAUCCUUUCUCCAGGGUUUUAAGUUACUCAGAAAUUACUCGCUAACUUGGAGUAAAUCAGACUGAAUUUUGAUAUGAAUAUUUGGGACGAAGUCUAUCAGCCACUUGUAUGAUAUGUCAUGCUAUCUCAGUCCCUCUUCCCUAAAUCGUGUCUAUUUGCCGGUAGUAUAGACACUCCAGAUGUCUUUAUUGAAUGGAAGCUUGCUACUUAUUUUUUACUAGUAGCCUGUUGUUUAAUAAUAAUACACAUCGGAACUGGCAAUGUCUGGUCUCGAGCACCUACUUACUAUGACUACCUAUGGGACAUAGGCGAUUUCCUCAGCCCGAAACGGUGUUUGUUUUGAAACUUGCAAUAAUCUUGUCUAACAUGGUUCUUUUCGAUGUGCUUGAUUGGUCAUGACAUAGCCCAUCGUUUUCUUGCAGAAGUUCUACACCGAGUAUUAUCAAAUGGGGGUAUCGCCAGCCUCACAGAACCAACAAAACAAUCGUCUUCCCCCUCCAAACGCGACUUUCCGACCGAUCGGUGAGUUGAGCGCGUUUCUUGUCAAUACACAGUCUUUCUCGCCCGUGAGAGUAAUUAUUUCCUUAAGAGAUAUUUUUCAUAGGUACGAUACAACAGUCGGUAAAGGUAGCUGAUUUACUGACUACCUUUAGAGCGUCUUGACCUUGGAUUUGAAUAUGGAAGCUACACAAGUGCACUAUUUAAGCAUGGACUCCCCACGACCACAAAAUAUGAAUUUCGAGUUCAAUAACACGUCAAAAUGAAUGUCCGUAGGCUUGAGUAUGCAGCGCAGUUAUCACUCCGAGACUGCUUAAGCCGUUGAAGGAUACCGAAAUCGUUAGUCGGUGCCAGACCCCUAAAAUGGCUGUUUUUCAUACGAUGACAGACUUGUGACAACUUAUAUGCUGUUAAUAACUGCCACCAUUUAUGUAUAUGGCGAAGGAAGGGUACAAGGCGCAACUGCGUCCGACAGGACAGAUUAAACCAGAUUUUCGCUUAAUCAACAAUGGGUCCUUUAGACGUACGCACUGUUGAAAAUUUGUUGCUUCCUCUUGUGGACGACUACAUUUCCCAUUUCGUCGGCAAGUUGAACGAGUGUUUUGGCCACACCAUGAACAUAGCGUAGGGCAACCAGUACUUCGGUUUUGGUUCCAUGUUUUAGUUCCUUCCACUGACUUUUCGACUGCACUUGCCAAAAACUGUCGCAGAAUCCGCUGACUGUAAUGACUUUCUGGAAAAGCCUAGUUCUGGCCUUUUUGUCGUCCGACUCGGUGCUGUGUGACUGCAAACUGCGGUGGUGUUAUGCCACAGCUGUUCGCAGGAAGCGCCUGCGGUAGCAGGGAAACCCUAAAAUAAGUGAGUCUGGAAUACCACACCAAUAAACGACUCGUCUGCAAAGCAGUCUUCCCAUCUUCCUCUUCUGUUGUUGCGUUCACACCGCGCGUCCUCUCUGUCAUUCGAAACGUGUAAGUGGACACACAGUACUUAAAAUACAUGUAUUAACGCUGCCUUCUUUUCGUGCAAUUUUCACCAACGGACUCAACGUUCUCCUCCUCAACAACCUGCUGAAGUUGCCAAACAAUUGAAGUUUUGCCGGAGUUUAUUAGAGUUGCCUGUGCCGCUUAUGUGCCUCUCUUUUUGUGCCGCCGUAUUCUCAACUAGUGCCUGCCCACGAAAUUCUCUCAAAUGGGAACGCGUACCACUCGGCAGCCGUCAAACAGCCCACCACAUCUCCGACCGAUCGACCCUCAGUGGUCCACGGUGGUGUCCACUCGCUUUGUUCUCGUGACAGAUGCCUCGGUGAAGCAGCAGGCAUUCCUUUGUACGUUCAGGAGGAUGGCCGGACGGAUCCACAUCAUUAUCAGGCAAGAUGCUCAACUUCCCGUAUUUUGAUUGAGGGAACAAGACUACCUCACGUCAGUCAAUAGGACCCAGACGUUAAGCACUACUCUUCCCUUUUGCGAAGUGGGAGCCUUUAGGGGCAGUGUGUGUGUGUUCCUCUGUAAUCGACCUGUUAAGGCGUACGGGCCCGAAGUAGCUGCCUUUGGAAGAUUUUUGAAGGUGUGUUUUUAACAGCUCCUGCAGAAAAAACGCGCAUUGUCAGAAGAUACUGUGCUCCGACCACGCAAUACUACUUCUUUCUCAUCUGAAGAAAUAGUGAUGUUAGCACCACUCUGUCCCCAACAGCUACACUAAUGUCCUUUAUCUUGAGAGUUCUUGUAGCAUCUACGCUACCUGUACCUCACAUGACUGCCAGCACGCCUGGUCUGCCCAGCCCAAAUUAGGUCUCAUAUAUUGCCUUCUCGCAUACGACGACCUGCGACAGUGGACAUGGCGAGAUCGGCCGAUUCUCUUUUCCAGCAAAGAACGAAUAUGAUAGAUCCAGCGCAUAUCGCCAUUUCCUGGCAGAUCGUGGUGGAACGGAUUUUUGGCUUGCCUCACAUUCGUCGACUUCCAGUAGACGUCAGCGUUGGAUUUAGACGUAACGGAGACAACGGGUAGAGUGUUAUCUUGCUCGUCAGACUGCCCCACAUUGCCGUUAGUCAACUAAUGUACUGGUAAACGUACCCUUGUUUUUCGUGUCUCAGUUUACGUAUGGCAACUAGUUUUAAUAAUUUUAAAUUUACCCUCCGUCCUCCAUAUUGCAGUCCCUCUCGGCCACGAAUGCGUCCGCUUUUCGCCUGCCGGGAAAUAUCGCUGCUCAGACAGAUCCCAAACGAUCUGCUGGUCGUGGUGCCACGCAACUGGACGUUGUACCUUCCAAUUUCCUAGAAUUUGCAAGCAUGUCAUCGCCCGGUCAGGGUAGUUGCGACUUCAUCCUUAUGGAAUCAACCGAGGCAGCACCCAUGACAACCCUGACCAACGCUCUUGAGAAGGCUGAGACAUCUGCUCUGUCCUCCGCACGUUUCAAGUCUGAGCCCUCACUUGUCCUCACUCGCUCGCAAUCUCCGCCUGUCCCCGAGGACACUGAUGGCGACUGGAAGGCCACUCAUUGGAAAGAGGAUUCCCCAACACACGGAGUCAAGGCCUGUCGCCUAUUUGCGAGGCCGCAAGGCGAUGAUGUCUUUGCUCAGGAGCCACGACGCUUCAGACCCUCCGCACUUCAGCCCUCCAGCACGAUGGUCAAUAAUCGAGGGAAGACAACCCUUGUGGUUGAGGACCCGCUGCAUUUCGAUAACAGGACAGAGCAACCGGAAAAUUAUGCGGUUUCUUUCCCUAGACUGCAGGCCAGUUUUGUAUGA